AUGACCGGCUGUCAAGCUAAUAGGGUGGAAUGGGAUUCGCGAUACAAGCUUGCGAAAGAUGAUCGUGAACUUCGCAUGAAAACGGUCAGACUUGACGAUAGCGGUAGAUAUCAGUGUCAAGCAACGAACGGUUUUGGUCAUCGGACGGUGGAUUUUACAGUACACGUAUACGAUCCAUCAGAAGACUCGGUAUCCUUGAAAGACGUAAUAGUUCUCGCUGAUUCAACAUCUGCUCCGGCGUGGCUGAUCGACAUGAACCUCGAUUGGUCCUCUCCUAUGCAAAUUAAUCGAGGAGGUCGUAUGGAACUGCGAUGUCCAGCGCGGGGUAAUCCUUUGCCGGAAAUUCGAUGGUACAAGAAUAACAUACGUAUCACUACUGGUGAGUAA